UCAAGGAUUCAGUCCAUCACGCGACGGAAGCGCAGUUGCUGAAGAAUUUAAAUCCUGAUCGCAGUCCGGAGCGCAGUUAGACCGGUCUGCAGCCAGACGGGCGCGGACGCCUGGAGGACGGGUCUCGGUUGUUGCAGCUCCAGACGGAAUCGCCUUCGCUGGAGCAGAGAGCAGUCGGCGUGAGGCUGGAGUGGGGGGAACAGGGGGCGCAGAUCUCCGAGUCCAGGUCUGAAUUUGGAAGUCUUUGCGCAUCCUGAUCAGGGAAAUCGAUAUAUAUAUAUAUUAAGAUUAGCCGCCACCUGUUUAAGGCUCCUGGCCGGAUUUGCCUUGUUUACCCUUAACCCGACGUUUUAGGAUCAUUUUUUAUUGUUUUAUUAUUUAUAAACGUCAAAAACCCUCCCCGCAGAGAACUACGCGAGUUGAUGUUUAAUUCCGCUGCACCUCCCUCCGAUUGGAGCUGAACUGAGACACAACACGUGCGGGACACCCGGCGCACAGCUUGGCAGCUCGAUUUAAGGUGCACGGCGAUACCACAGCCCAGCUGUAAAGGGAAAACGACACAGGAACGGUAUUGCUAAGCGGGAGUUUGUAACAAACACACGAAAACGAAAUCCUCAAAAAUGGAGCUCUGUUAAACCAGAUCUGACUGCGAUGUCGCGCUGGAGGAGCCUGCUGAUACUCGGGCUGUUGUGGACCGGCGAAAGCGCAGGCUUCCCCACCGGCAGCGAAGCGGGAGGCGCGGAGGCUGUCGCCGCCGGGGCGCUGGAGAGCAGCGGGACCCCGGGCCGCGGGCAGCGGGCGAGGUGCGCCGGGUGCUCGCCGGAGCUCUGCGCCGAGGCCGUGGGCUGCAGAGCCGGGCUGGUCCCGGACCGCUGCGGCUGUUGCCUGGAGUGCGGGAACUCGGAAGGGCAGCCGUGUGAUCUGGACCGGACCAGCGGCUUUUACGGGCUCUGUGGACCCGACCUGAAGUGCACGCUUGACACCUCCGACCUGAGCCGGGGGGAGGUCCCGGAGCCGCUGUGCGCCUGUAAGUCCCAGGAAGCGCUCUGCGGCUCCGACGGGAAAACCUACGAGAACAUCUGUAAGUUCAGAGAAGCCGAGCUGUCCUCUCAGGCGCUCCGUUUCAACAGCAGCGGGCCGUGCCAGACAGUCCCCGAUAUCAAGCGCCCGCCCGCGAAUUUAGUGACCGCGACGGGCGACAGCGCCAUCUUCCCCUGCGAGGUCUUCGCGUUUCCCAUGGCGCUCAGCGAGUGGAGAAGGGACGGCGAUGACGUCAUUCUUCCCGGAGACGACCCUCGCAUUUCUGUACAGUCUCGAGGAGGACCCCUGAGGUACGAGACCUCCAGCUGGCUGCAGAUUGAAGGCGUCACCUUGGGAGACGCCGGCACCUACCGCUGCAUCGCACACAAUGGACUGGGCAGCGUUUCGGCAUCAGCGGACCUCACGGUUCUUGGGCAAGAUGUGGAUGCUUCCCUUGUGCCCUUGAGCACAGCAGAGACGUUUCCAUCGGAGCUCCCAGGAGAGUACGACGAUUACUACUAAUCUGCCAGGAAAUACACAUCCCUGAGAGAAGACAUUUCUUAAAAGCCACAGUCUGCUGGCUCCUUGAAUUCGGACAGCUUUAUUUCUGAUUUUCUCUUCCCAAGAAGUGGUCCUUGUAUUUUCCCCACUUUCCCAUGAACGUCGAUUACUGCACACGAGGUCAGACUAAGAGAAGACUUGCAGAAGAAAUGGAAUAGAGAUCAGGGUGUGGUGAAGGUAGUCAGUGUGCACCACUGAGGUGAAAGCAAUACGUGGUCCAGGAAAUGGAACCUCAGAGCUGAAGAGGAGAUGAUAUCUCUACACCCCAUCUAUCUCUAUCCCCCAAAUACCCAUCGUCCCCCCUCUUCGGAAUAUUCCAGCGACGACUUCUAUAUCUUCAUUCUUGAAAUGCCACCAGGGAGCUGUCACACAGACAUAUUGCUGAAGGACACAAUCUGUGCUGUGUGUGGUGUUACUACAGCAAUGUACAAACUUCCCUUACAAAGUGGUACAUUACUCACAGUGUCAUGCUAUAUAUUAUUAAUUAUAAUCUGAAUAUAUUAAAAUAUGCAAUUCAGGGCAGAUGUAAGGGUUCCGUAUUCCAGACCAGCUUGUGGGUUCAAGUCCCUGGUUGGUCCCUGUGCUGUAAAUUGAUCUCCAGCUCGUUUUUGUAAAUGGAGAAUUUGUUCUCCACUGAUUUACCAGGUCAAACCAUUAAAUGUACAUUUACAAGGGGCCGAUAUCGAUCAGCAUUCGACUGAAAUAAAUCAUGAGUGACUGUCAGAAAGACCUUUACAUGUAAGUGAACAUAUUGAAAAGUACACUUUCCAGUGGAUUGUAAAUGUCGCGAGGUGAGACUAAAAACGGAUGU